CCGCGCCGGCACCGGCUGCACCAGCGCCCGCGGCCGGCGACGAGCCGCCGCCGAAGAAGGCCAAGAAGGCCAAGGCCAAGGACGACGGCGCGACGACGCGCAAAGGCAAGUGGACCAUCGAGGAGACGGAGUUCACGACGCGCAUCAUCGAGCUCUUCAACACGGGCCUGCUCGAGCUGCCCGAGGGCGCGACGCUGCGGAGCUACCUCGCGCAAAAGCUCAGCUGCGACCCGAUGCGCAUCACGAAGAAGUUCUCCGGCGCGUCCUGCCUCGGCAAGCGCGUCUUCCACUCGUCGACCGGUCGGCAGCGCAACUCCGCGUCCGCGGUCGCGCCGUCCGCGGCGUCCGUCGCCGCGGCGCAGCAGGAGCUGAGCGUCCUCGAGGCGCGCUUCGUCGACGCCUGCAUCCGGUCCACGGAAUCCAAGGACGCGCGCAUGAUCGACCUCGAGGCGCGGUUCCUGCACUCGCACGACGUGGUGUCGACGCCGGCGAUCGACGCGUUCAUCAUGCAGUCCUGCCAGCCGCUCUGGGACCCGGACGGCGUCAAGAGCGGCGGCGCGCCGGCGCGCGCCUACGCGCCGGCGCCCACCCUCGAGCCCCUGCCGCCGCCGGACGAGCCGCGGCGCGCGCCGCCGCCGGCCGCGCCGCCGCCGCGCGCCGCCGCGCCGCCGUCGUUCCCGCCGGAGCCGCCGUCCUUCCCGCCGGCCCGCCCGCCCGCGGCCGCGCCGCCCCGGCCGGCGCACCACCGCGUCGACGCCUGGCCGGCGGACGCGCGCGGC